GCUUCCUUUUUUCGUUGCCCCGUGGCGUUCUCUUCCCACAUUUAUUAUGCUCGGUAUUCUAUUGAACAGCUGCAUAAAGAAGCGGUUACCGAAACCCUCAUACAGUCACAACUACCGAGGUGAGUUAUUUCUCUUAAAAGAGGAAUACUGUGCAAGCAGGAUGCCAGUCUGUCAACAGUGUAUUCUUACAUCUCUGAGGAAUCUGAGCAUGUUCAGUGUGCUGUAGUGUGAGAGGAGCAUGAUUACAAGAGAAAUGUGACACUACCGCACUCCCUCCGCUUCACUUGGGAAUGGAUUAACGUGAAAGACUUCAUCCUUCCUAAAGGUUACAUCUUGUCAGGGUGGGAAUGCAAAACAGUGGCUGGUAAAGAGCACCCUGCCUCUCAGAUAUGCCCAGACGGGGGCUUCCUCUGCAGGGGCGGGCACGCUGGCUUCUCCUGGGGAUAUUUUUGCUCUUGAUACUGCUGCUGUUUGCUUACCUGCUGGAGUGUACGCCACCUGCAGAUGUAAGCCAGGUGCUGCCUGGCCUUGGAGGAGAUCCGUAUGGAAAGGAGUAUUACCAGGCCCUGCUGCAGGAACAGGAAGAGCGACAUCUCAGCCGAGCAGCCAGCCUCAAGAGGCAGAUUGCGCAGCUCAAACAAGAACUCCAAGAGAUGAGCGAGAAACUGAGGGUACUUCAAGAAAAAAAGGUGGGUUCCGGGCCACAGAGCUUGAUCGAUGGCAGAGAUCAAGAGCCUGGUGACCUCUUGGAGUAUUUGCACUCACAAAUCGACAAGGCGGAGGUGAAUACUGGAGCGAGGCUGCCAAGCGAGUACGCACUGGUGCCCUUCGAGAGCUUCACCACCACAAAAGUGUACCAGCUGGAGAUGGGCCUGACGCGCCAUCCUGAGGAGAAGCCUGUGCGGAAGGACCGGAGGGAUGAGUUGGUGGAGGUGAUAGAAGCAGGUUUGGAUAUUAUUAAUAACCCAGAGGAAGAUGACGGACAGGAGGACAACAUCCCCAUGCAGAGGCACAUGUUCACAGAAAGCCAUUUUUUUGAAGGACUCUACAGGACCGAGAGGGACAAAGGCACACUGUAUGAGCUCUACUUCGCUAAAGAGAAUUCCCACGAGUACCGCCACGUCACCCUCUUUCGUCCGUUCGGGCCCCUCAUGAAAGUGAGGAGCACGUCUGUAGACACCGCCAGCACCGUCAUUAACAUCAUAGUGCCGCUGUCAGGCCGUACUGAAGCCUUUGUUCAGUUCUUGCACAACUUCAGGGAGGUUUGUAUACAGCAGGACAAGCGGGUGCAUCUCACAGUGGUGUAUUUUGGGCAAGCGGGCUUGCAGGAGGUGAAGGCGUCUCUGAGGAAAAUGUCCAGUGAGGAAAACUUCAGUAACUACACCCUGAUCCCCGUGGAUGAGGAGUUUUCACGUGGCCGUGGUCUAGACAUCGGAGCUCACGCGUGGGAGAAAGCGGGUGAUGUGUUGAUGUUCUUCUGUGAUGUUGACAUCUACUUCACGCUGGAAUUUCUGAGCACCUGUCGCCUCAACACAGCUCCAGGAAAACGAGUUUUCUAUCCAGUGGUUUUCAGUUUGUACAAUCCAGCUAUAGUUUAUGGAAAUCUUGAGUUUCCGCCUCCCAUUGAGAAUCAGCUGAUUCAUAAAAAAGAUGCCGGAUUCUGGAGGGAUUUUGGAUUUGGCAUGACUUGUCAGUAUCGCUCUGAUUUCCUCAGCAUCGGGGGAUUUGAUCUGGAAGUGAAAGGCUGGGGUGUAGAAGAUGUGCACUUGUACAGGAAGUACCUACGGAGUGAUCAGAUUGUGAUCCGCACCCCUGUAUCAGGCCUCUUCCACCUGUGGCAUGAGAAGCUAUGCGCAGAUGAACUGACCCCAGAACAGUACCGCAUGUGCAUCCAGUCCAAGGCUAUGAAUGAGGCAUCACACUCUCACCUGGGCAUGCUGGUGUUCAGGGAGGAGAUUGAGACUCACCUUCGAAAGCAGGCCUACAAAACCCAGAGCAGACCAGCAGAAUAAAUCAACAACACAGAGCACAACAUUGUUGAUAACAGCAAUGAAGAAAUAGGUCAAACAGACAUUUUUGGUAUUAACUAAGUCAACUCUAAAUAAUCAUCCAUGGAUUACUGAAGACCUUAUGACAGCAAAAAAGACUAAGUAUGGUGGGAGGAUGGUACUGUUAGGUACUACGUAAACUGUUUACAUCAAUGAGACUUUAAUCUACAUUCUUGAAUAGUUUGCUUUAAUGCCAAUUAAAAUUUUAGGUGUUCUGCACUAGAAGGACUUUUUGGAUUUAUUAACUACAUAUGUGCAUAAUGUCCAGUCCCACUGGGGAAAUGAGUUACUGAAUAUUAGCUGAAAUGCAGAGGAAUUUAUAGGGCCUCAUUCAUGAAAAAGUGUGCAAACUAUUUGUAGAUUUAAGUUUUCUUAAUGAAUUGAAUGCAACAGAUUGCACAAAUGAUUUACACAGAAAUGAUUAAUAAUGGCCAUCGAGAAGACAUGCCAUGUGUAAAGCAUGUCUUUUUUUUAUUUUGCAAAUAAUUGACAGAGCCAUACGUUACAUUUUUAUAUUAUUUCUAUUAGAAAAUGUAUGCGCUGUGACAAAUUGAGAUCUGUUGCAAAAGAGGGACAAUCAUCCACAGAUGGAUGUGGUUAAACUUGCCAUGCUGGAUUUGUACUGUAGGCAAUGUCUCUGUUGGAGUAGUAUUCAGACUCUGGGAAAAGUCUUCCACGUGUUUGGACCCGAUAUGCAUUUUGAUGCAUGUGUCAAACUUUUACUUUGCACCAUGUGUGAGGACACUGGUCAGUGCCAUAGUGCUAACAGUCAGGGGUUUAUGCUGCAGGCUCUGAUAUUUCAAGACAUUGGCCUUUGCAACCACUUUGAAAUGAAUCUGUGGUAUAUAGUGAGUUACUGAGACAAAAAAAACAGAACACCCCACAUCCCUAAAAGACGUUUCUGUGAUUGAAUGUACCACUUCUGAUGAGGACAUUAUGUAUUAUUACAACUUUAAGCAGCAGGUAGAUGAAAAAUAACCAUUGCUAUCUGUUGUAGAGCCUAAAAUUUGUCAGGAUGUUGAAUUCCAUUGCUUUUUUUUGUUUGUUUUUUAAAUAAAAGGAAUACAACUAACCAUUGUUAUUGAUUUUCAUCCCCAAAAUAAACCAUGAUGUGGUGCAGCAGUUUAACCUUGAAAUGUAA